CCGCAACUCGACUUGCUUGCACCACCAUCACCACCACCGCAUUGCACUCGCGCGCUCGACAACGAGCCCGUACCUCUAGACCACUCUCACACCACCAAUCCUAGAGCUUGGCAACAAUGGCAAGGCGAUACGACAGCCGCACUACCAUCUUCUCUCCUGAGGGCCGGUUGUUCCAAGUCGAGUACGCCAUGGAGGCCAUCUCGCACGCCGGUACCGUCCUCGCUGUCCUCUCCAAGGAGGGUAUCGCGAUUGCCGCAGAGAAGAAAGUCACCGGCAAGCUCCUCGACCUCUCCCUCCCCGGUGGAUCCGAGGCCGGCGGCGAGGGCGUCGAGGCGUGGAUGGGCGGCGGCGGCGAGAAGAUCUUCCUCCUGAACAACAACAUUCUUGCCGGCCUCGCAGGCAUCACGUCGGACGCCAACUCGCUCGUCAACUUUGCGCGCAACAGCGCCCAGCGCCACCUGUUCACGUACGACGAGGACAUCCCCGUCGAGAUGCUCGUCCAGCGCCUGUGCGACAUGAAGCAGGGCUACACGCAGUACGGUGGUCUCCGCCCCUUCGGCGUCGCGCUCCUGUACGUCGGCUGGGACCCGCUGUACGGCUUCCAGCUGUACCAGUCUGAUCCGUCGGGCAACUAUUCGGGCUGGAAGGCGACGUGUAUCGGCGCCAACCACUCGUCGGCCGCGUCGCUCCUCAAGCAGGAGUACAAGGACGAGAUUACCCUCGAGGAGGCGACCGCGCUCUGCCUCAAGACGAUGGCCAAGACGAUGGAUUCGACCAAGCUGAACAGCGAGAAGCUCGAGUUCGCGACCAUGACCCUCACGGACGACAAGCAGCCCCUGGCCAAGAUCUACCGCCCCUCCGAGCUCGACACGUUGCUGCAGAAGCUCGAGCUUGGCGGAACAAAGGACGAGCAGAUUGGCGCGGGCGAGGGCACUGGCGGUGGCGGCUCGGGCAACAUUGCCGUGAGCACGUAAAGGCGUGGUACUUGAGCACGUAGAGAGCACAAUGUAUGGCAUAGUAGUGA